GAUCCUGCCGUCAUGCAUUGACUUUGUCUCACGGUCAUCAGGCCAGUCCCACGCAUAGACUUUCCACUCUGACCGAGGUCAGCUGGGACCGAAACCACUGGGAACACGCGCGGUCGGAGUUGUCGCGGGUUCCCACACAGCCUUUUGCUCCCAACCCCCGUCAGGCCCCUUCCCUCCCCUUGUCGCUCCCAGCUCAUGAUCCACAACUGAACCCUCCACCUUACCCUACCACACCGCUCGUAAUCGCCUUCCGAAAAAAAAAAUAUGCCGGGAACACAUCUCCUCCCGCCCAACUUGCUCAAGCUCUUCCAGCCGCGCCCACCUUUGCCCUACGCGCGGCCCGUCGACAGGGACAUCGACCGCGUCCGGUCGAAGCACGUGGACGGCGUCGCCGCGCUGCUUUCGCGGCUGCAGGAGGAGUCGCUCAACGCCCAGAACGAGGGGAAGGACUUGGAGGAGGGCGAGGAGCCCACGUUCACGCACGCGGAGGAGGUGAAGCGCCAGAUCUUGAGGGAGGAGAAGAAGAAGGCGAAGACGGACGAGUUCAAGGCUGCGAAAGAGUCUUACAAACCCCAGGAAGACCCGGAGGCGGUGGGAGACCCGUACAAAACGCUGUUUAUCGCCCGUUUGCAUAAAUCCGCGACGGAGAGCGACCUGCGACGAGAAUUCGAGAGCUACGGCACGAUCGAGCGGGUAAGGAUAGUCCGCGAUAAGAACGGCCGCUCACGGGGCUACGCGUUCAUCGUCUACGAGCGCGAGCGCGACAUGAAAGGUUAACCUUCCUCUUCCCCUGCACGCGAGGGUAAGGCCGCUGACCCCAAAGGGACUAUGUGUAUUCCAAAUCCUUUUGGUAUGCAUGUUUUCUUCUUUCUGUUUUUUUUUCCUUCUGCUUGUAGCGGCCUACAAGGACUCGGACGGGCUGCACAUCAUGGGCAAGCGGAUCAUGGUCGACGUCGAACGCGGGCGCACCGUGCGCGGCUGGAAGCCUCGACGACUCGGAGGCGGACUCGGAGGCCGGCCGAAACCGGUGGAGGCGGCGCCGGCGCCCUUCGCGGCACCGGGAGGACGGGGAGGGUUCAGGGGAGGUAUGGGCGGAGGUCGGGGAGGCUUCCGUGGAGGCGGAGGGGGCGGGUUCCGGGGCGGGUUCGGCGGCGGCGGGGACCGGUUCGGCGACAGGGGCGGAGGAGGAGGAGGGUUCGGAGGCGACCGCGGUGGGUUCCGUGGAGGUCGCGGUGGAGGAGGAGGAUUCGGCGGCGGGCCCGGACGAGACGACUUUGGCGGCGGCGGAGGAGGAGGAGGCAGAGGAGGGUUUGGCGGAGGCGGAGGCGGAUUCCGAGGAGGUCGCGGCGGCGGCAUCGGCUAUCAAGGCGGCGGGUUCAACGACCGCGGACCCUCGAACGGGUUCCAAUCAAACGGGCCGCCGCCUGGCUACGGAGCGCCUGUCAAUCAGGGGCCGCCAGGGCCGGCAGGGUAUGGAGGAGGGCCUCCUGGAGGCCCAGGUGGGUAUGGUCCGCCCGGAGGAGGAUAUGGCGGCGGCCGCGACGGAUACGGAGGCGGACCGCCCGAUCUCAAGAGGGGGCCCGGCGGGUUCGACGACCGAGACGCCAAGCGGCCGAGAUACUAGGGGAGACGCUUUCGACGUGAUUAUUCCUGCGCAAGAGGGUGGAUCUGGUGGGUCACGCGCGACGCUGACUUGACGUACGCAGCGUUGCGUGUCCUGGACGGGCUCUCUCACUCAGCGCGUAUGCGGCCGCGCAGGCACGUUUUGUACGCAAGAAAACGGGGACGGGUCAAGGUUUUUUUUUUU